AUGCUGGGACUUUUAAAAACGCAGCUCCCUCUACAGCACAGCGAGAAAAAAACAGAAAAAAAAAAAAAGCUGAGGGCUCCUGGGGGCGUCUCUGUCGAAACGGCCCCCCCGGCCCACUUUUACAAAAAUCGGCAGCUACGAGCUACACUGCAAUCCAGACGUUUGACAUCAUGCAAAAACGCCUGCGAGGAGUUCCAGGAGCGAGGCGGCGAGGACCGACGAAACAUUCGAGUGGGACGUGUUUUACGUGGUUGUCGACAAAAAACCCCUCUGCCACGCCGCUGGCAGCAGGCUCUUGUAUAUGCAAUCUCAAUUUAA